AUGUUUGGCCUUUUCAAACGGCAAUCGAGACGGCCAACGGGGCCACAAUGCCCUGUAUCUUUCAAAGAACGAAAGAUCGUAUUCUGUGAUUGGGGAUUUCAUGCUCGGGCGUCGAAUGACGGCUGGUGUUUCACCUAUGUGGACGACGUCGAUUUUGAUCCGGAUGAAGACCUCAGGUCAUUCAGGUUGACCGACGCCGACCAUUGUGGCGAGAUUGUGAGCAAGUUUGUCAGUUCACAGCUUCGCAAGAACUCGCGAAUAAAAGGAUCGAAAGGAUGGCGUUUCGUUUGCCUGAUAGAGGACGGAAGCCAAAGGAUAGUGCCCGUCCAACGACGAGAUAAAACCCCCAGAACUAUGUUGCUUUUUGAACGGGAGGUGCCUUGCGACUGCGAGGGAAGACAACAUUCCCGACAUCGAGCGGACAGCGGCAUGUCAGGGAAGACCUACGAAGACCAGCUCGAAUACAAGCGCGACUAUUCCUCAUCACCAGAGACUAUACGGCUCGAUUGCAAACAAGGAAGCCUCUCAUCGGACGAGGAGCCUUCAUCAUCCCCGGUAGAAUACCGAAGCCGAUUCUCGACGUUGGCCACAUUACAUGAAAAUGACCCUGUUUGA